AGGGGAGAGUUGUCGUGGUUCAAACCGCCAGAGUUCCAUAUGGGUGGGUUCGAUGCGUCUCCUCGUGAGACGGUUUGUAAAACACCGCAUGAAAUUUUAUCGUAACUACACCAGUAAGGUUUUCUGCAAAAAAAACAUGACUAUUUCUUGCGUUUUAUCGCAAAAAUUUGUCUGUCUGCAAAAAAAGACAGAAAAAAGUUCAUGCGUGUAAUGUUACGUGAGCUACGGAAAUUUCACUACAGAAUUUUGCAAAAAAUGCACAGGAGUUUUUGCUAUUUUUUGCAUUAAACGGCUCCGGAAAUAUUGACAUGGGUAGUUAUAAUGACUCAUCCAUGAGUCAUCAUUUUGUUGCGUUGUUAAACCAAAAAGAUUUUUUGCAAAAAUUGUGUUGAAAAACACACGCAGUAUAAUGCAAAAAAAGCAGGAUGUGAUAAAAAACAAAAAACUAUCGGUUUUUUGUUUAUUUUUGCAUGAAAAAAUACAGCGCAAGAAAACGCAUAUAAGAAUAAUGCGUAUUCUGGACAUGCGUAGUGUGGCCAAAAAGGUGCAUGAAAACGCAGAUUUCUGCCGAAAUCCUGAAAAAAUUUUGACGUGGGAGGCAGUAGGUUUUGAAAACUCGAAGCAAUGUGAUUGCGAAAUGAAGGCGCUGUAGGGUAGAAGAAGUUGUCCUAAUAAAUGAAUUUUUAAUUUCUCACAUAUUGUUUUUACUUCUUUGGAUAUCCAUGUGUUUUUAUCAGUAUUGUUUCAAAAAACAAAAUAUGGACUUUUUGUUUAAGUAAUCAGUAGUGACCUUGGUUGUUUCCUUUUAUCAGAUUUACCAACGUUUUCUGAUCAAUGGUUUAAAUAUUUUUGUCAAGAACCACGUUGAAAUAUAACAACAUAUCAGAAUAAUUGAUUAAAUCAACCUGUUUUUUGCUUAACCCAUGCUGUAUGAUUCAAUCAAUCGUAAGCGAGUUGGUUCUGAAAUAUUUGGCAUCGAUAUAUUUGCGUAGAUGAAUACUUCCCUUCAAUUUUUGUUUUUUUUUGAAUAAUGAACUGUAACAAUCAGAUAUCUUUGGGCUUCUUUCGAUGUUUAGAAAAUCGAUAUAUGUCGAAGUCGAACCCAGGUCUUGGUGUAUAUUCGUGCCAUAGCACAAUAAUGUUGUUUCUCUCAUUGCGAUUUGAAAUAGAACAUUCUCUUUGUAUUAAGACUAAGAAAAAAUUUGCAAUGGGAAGUCUAAAUCGCUUGUGCUUCAAGUAACUAAACUCCCAUGAUCGGCUCAGUGGUAAUUUUCUGGAUCUUCGCUAAGUGUCCACAUUUCUUAAGUGAUAGUUAAUUGCAUGUGUUUAGGGUGUUAUAUUACAAAGCAUUAUGCAUGAAAAGUGAAUCACCUGAUAUAUAAGACAUACUCUUUUUUAAAAAGUAAAGAUUCGAAUAAAUUUAUCGUUCUGAAAGACAUGCAUCUUUAGUAAAAUUGUUGCUUCGUUUCUAGUAAUUCAAAAAUGGCUAGUAACGCUGCUGAGUUCAAUGAUUUAUAUCAGAAAAAGACAGCUGAACUACAAAAAUUAAAGGAAACAUGUGAACAAGAAUAUAAACAAGUAGAAGAAAGUGAAAAAGAAGUUAAAAAAGAUUGUGAAAAUAUUAAAAAAGAUUUAAUACAAAUGAAAGAAGAUAAAGAUUUAAUAAAUAAUAACAUCGAACAAAAUUUAACUAAUUUACAAAUAUUACAAGAUGGCCAACAAAUACUUAAUCAAGAACAAAAACAAUUAACACAACAACUUAAUGCACAACAACAGAUUAUUGAUGAGUAUCGACAAAACAUUGAUGAUUAUAAAAAACAAUUAGUUCAACAACAAAAAUUUAUGAAUGAACGAACAGAAGAACAAAAGCAAUUAGAACAAAAACUAGCUGAAUUGAAACAACAAGAAAAUGAAAAUAUUAAACAAGAAAAUUAUUUACAAUUAUCAUUGGUGAGUUUACAACAGUUAAUUGUUGAUCAAACACGUGAAAUUGAAUUAUUAAAAACGAAUGCACAACAAGAACAAAUAAAAAUAAAUGAAUGUGAAAAUAUGAUUCAAGAACUGAAACGAAAAUUAUUAGCAAAUGAAAAUGAAAUGAAACAAUUAGAUGAACAAUUGAAUGAAAUGAAACAUGAACAAGAACAAUUAAAACGACAACAGAUAGAUUUAAAACAUCAAGAAGAACAACUUCAAAAUUGUCUGGAUACAUUACAGCAAAUAUUGAAAGAGAAAGAACAAAAUAUUAAACAGAAAACAAGUGAUAUUGAUCGUUAUCAACAAAAUAUACAGAAAUUACAAGAAAAAGUGAAUACAUUAGAGAAUGAAGUGGUGAAAUUAAAUGAUGAAAUGUCAAAACAACGAGAACAAUUGUCAUUAGAUGAACAGGAAUUACAAAAACUACAAGAUCUAUAUGAACGAUGUGAAAAUGAACGAAAACGAUUAAAACAUGAACAACAACAGUUGUUGAAUGAACAGCAAGAAUUAUUAGAUCAAAAAAAAAUUAUCGAACAACGAUUAGAUGAUGUAAAAUUAUUAUUAGAAAGAACGAAAGCAAAUAUUGAUCAACAAACAUCGAAAUUAAAUAAUUUUAAAUCAGAAUUACGUCUGUUACAACAAGAAUAUGUUACUUUAGAAAAUGAUUUAACUAAUCAAACAACGCUUGCCGAACAAUUAAAGCAUGAACAGGAGGAAUUAAAAAUAGCGUGUGAUUUUGCUGAAACACAAUAUCACAAUGCUGAAACAGCAUUGAGUACAGCCGAAAGUAAUGAGUCUAAUCAACAGACGACCGUUCAUGGACUAACAAGAGAUUAUAAUGAUUUAGUUUUUGAUGUAGAAGAGGCGAAAUAUGCAAUGGAUAGAGCUGAGUCAGAAUUACAAAAGUUUAAAAAUGCUCUAAAGAAAGAGGAAAAAGAUUUAAAAACUUAUGAAGACCGUUUCUGGAUAACGAAAAAACUUAUGUAUCCACGAACCGAAAGUCGAAUAAAAAAAGCUAUUGAAAGUGUUAAGAAGGAAAUACGUGAUGCGGAGAGGGAAUAUGAGAACAAAAAAAAUUCAUAUAAUCGAAUUGUUCAGAAAAAAAAUGAUGUACAUGAACAAAAAACAAGAGCAGAAAAAAAAUUAGAAGAAUACCAACGAAAAGUUACAGAGGCGACAACAAAUUUAUCAAAUAGAAAAACUAAAUAUGAAAAUACUAAAAAUGAUUUAAAUAAAAAAACAUCGAACUAUCGCGAUGAAUUACGUAAACAAAAAGAGAUUGCUGCAAAAUUACAGAAUACUGAUCGUCAAAUAAAACGUAAAGAAGAUGUCAUACAACAAACAACAACAGAAUUAGAACGUGAACAAAAUAAAUAUGAACAAUAUCAAGAUCAGAAGAAAACAAUUGAUGAAAAUUUAGUACAAUUAAAUGGACAAUUAAAUAAAUGUAAAAGAAAUCAAAAUACUGUAUUAGAACAACUAACAGUAAAUCAAUCAGAAUUAGAUAUAUUAAACAGUAAAAAAAAUCAUCAACAAUCAACAAUCGAUAAGGACAAACAAAAUAUUAAUCAAAUAAAAGAUAAAAUGACUAAUAAUGAUAAUCAGCAACAAUCGUUAAAACGUGAUAUUAGAAAUGAAGAAUUAUUACAAGAAGCUAAAAAAGCAGAUGUUCAACAGUUGAAACAACAAUUAGGAGAACAACAAGAACAAUUAAGUAAUAUUAAACAUGAAUUAAGACAAAAACAGCAAGAUAUUCAAAAAUAUGAUCGAACAAUACAUAUAUUAGAAGAAAAUAAAUUAAAAGUUGAACAAAAUAAAAUUAAUCAUUUACAACAAUUGAAAGAAUAUGAAAAACAAUAUGAAGAUAGACAAAUAGUUAAACAACAAUUGGAAUCAAAACAAAAGAUAAUGGAAGAUAAAAUAAAAUUAUUAUCAAAACAAGAAGAACGUCUAUUUAACGAUAUGAAACAAAUGGAUUUAAAAUUAAAAGCAAAACAAGAAGCAAUUCUUCAAGAUCAAAAAGUUAUAACAGGUUUAAAUACAAAAAUAAAACAAGAAAAAGAACAAGAACAACAGUUAACAACGAAAUUAGAACAAUUAAGUGGACAAUAUGAAAUUAAAACGAAUCAAUUUCAAGCUGAACAAGAAGAAAUACAACGGAUUAAAACACAAUGUAAUCAAUAUCAACAACAACUGAAAUAUUGUCAACAAUCAAUUGAAAAAAAACAAAUUGAUUUAGAACAAAUACAUUCAAAAUUAAUUCAAUUUGAUCGAAGAAAAGGCGAAAUAAAAAAUCAAUUUGAUUUAAAAAAAUUAGAUUUAGAAGCACAACAACGACAAAUUAUUUAUGAAAAUUAUGAUCCAAAUUUACUUGAAAAUGAAAUUGAAAAUGAAAAUGAAGAUGAUUUAUAUUGUGAGAAUAAUCAAGAAAAAGAUCUGAAAAGUUAUAGAUGA